CACGUCCAUCUAACGAGUUUGCCCCUCCAGACUUGGGAAUUUUUCUUUUAUCUGAACAUUACCACAAGAGUUGCCCCUUGUAUGUGCCAUAAGAAAUCCCAGCUCAGUGAAAAUAUAGAAUUCCCUUGGUCCCCAAAAUACAAACACAAAAUUCAAAUUUCAAUUUCCUUCAAAUCCAGUUUUCAUUCUUCGUGACUAUCAAUAACGAAUCCAGUUUUUCGAUCUCAUCUCAGGUAUUCUCAUUCUUUCUCUCUACUGAUAUUCUCAUCAGCUUGAGAUUUCAAAUUUGUUAUCAUGAUAUCAUAUCUAGGUUAAAUUUAGAGACUACUUGUCUAUGAUUCUUGUUAGGUUGAUUUUCUCUUGAUUUAAUCUCCUUGAGGAAAGAUUAUAAGGUUUAUAUCAUCAGGUUUGAGUGAAAUUUGUUGAAUCCGAUUUGCGUUAGUUCAAUAAUUCAAAAUGAAAAAAAGAAACUCAGGUUUUUCUUCUUCUGAAGAAGAUAGGAUCAGCAAUUUACCUGAUUCCAUAAUUUAUCACAUCCUAUCUUUCAUUUAUACGGAAGAUGCAGCUAAGUUUAGUGUUUUGUCUAAAAGAUGGCGAUCUAUUUGGAAAUCUCUGCCUGUGCUAAAUUUCUGUGAGAGUUGUCAUUGUUCUGAAUCAAACGAUGAAGAUAGUCUUGAUGAAAGACCUAGUGGUGCAUUUAUUGAUUUUGUGGAUAGAGUAUUCCGUCUUCACGACGACUCUGAUAUACCAGUGAUUCGUUUUGAUUGUUUUAGUUUACAUACAUCUGUGAGUACUAUAUACAAAUGGAUUGAAAUUGCUGUCAAACAUAAAGUUAAAGAGCUAUAUAUAAAGGCCAAAGUUGAAGAUGGUUUUGAGAUUCCUCCUUGUCUAUGUACUUGUGAAUCAUUGACAAAGAUGGAGCUGCAGUUGACUGGUUGGGAUGAGGAUAACUGCGAAAACAGGAUUAGACUACCUCUUGAUAUGAGUUUUCCUCGACUUGAAUUAUUGCAUCUGAGACUUGAACAUAUAUCAUUUCGUGGUGAUGUAAACCUAACGAAUAGGUUCUUUUCAAGUCUUCCUUCUCUAGAAUCGCUGAUCAUGGAAAUGGGGCAUCAUGGAUUUCAUAACACGAAGCUCAACAUUUCUCUGCCUAAACUCAAGUAUUUUGUAUUCGAUUGUCAGAAUGAUGAAAGCGAUAGUGGGGUCAAGCUGCAUGCUCCAAGUCUUGCAUCCUUCAUUUUCAGUAGUUACUUGUCAACAAAGUUCAGUCCACAAUGUAUGUCAUCUCUAGUCACCGCUGAUAUUGAGAUACGGGUUAGACGAGAAGAUAAAGUGGUAGGAAGUUACGACAUUCGUCCAGAGAAGAAAGAAGCCUAUGCCCAACAUGCAAUGGGAUUUUUGAGAGGGAUUCAUAGUGUAAAAGUCUUAAAGUUUAACCAUUCUUUCCUUAAGGCGUUAGGUGGAGCACAUUAUAUAUUAGACGCUCAACCGCUUGAAUGUUAUAAUCUACAACACUUGGAGCUCCAGACCUACCUGUCAAGGGACUGCCUGCAUUCAGUAUUAUACAUACUAAAGAUCUCCCCCAAUUUGGAAUCUCUUUCCCUGAAGAUAUCAGAGCUAAAUUAUGACAAGCCUCCAGUGUAUCCAUUCUGUGACGAGGUAAAUAUUAAUCCAGAAAAUAUGGGAGAUUACUUGGAUGCAGGGUUGUCUUUGCCAUGCAUAAUAUCUCAGCUGAAGUUUGUCGAGAUUAAAGGUCUUCAUGGAUGUGUUAAUGAACUGAAGUUUAUAGAGUUUCUGUUAAAACAUGCGACGGUCUUGGAGAAACUGGUACUUGCCUGUUAUUCAACUGAACAAGACUCACUAAGUGAGAAAAGGAUGAGGAAAGUAAGGGAGAAACGGAUGAAGAAAUUCAGGGAGAUGCUGCUGACAUUUCCAAGUGCAUCUAAAAAUAUCAGAAUAUUGUGGAAAUUUUGAGUCAGGUGCUUCUUGAUGGAUCCGGGGGUUGGAAAUUGCACAGUCUUAGGGUAAAUACUUUCGAAAAGCUGGUAGUUCAGGGCCAGAGAGAAUUCAUUGGAUUAAGAAGGCAUCUAGUAUCACUGUUCUAAUGUGCUUCUUGAUGGAUCUAGGAUGGAACUUCUCAAAGUUGUGAACUUAAUGGAGGCCAAAGAGUUGCUUAUCGGAUUCAUUAAAUCGGACAACAUCUAAAUGAUACAAGCCCCUUAUGGUGUCUCCCGUUCUUUUUAGUUUGCAGUACUUUUCUUUUGCUGAUUCUGUCUGCAAAGGAAUUAUGUGAGGAUGUGGUUCACCAAAUCCUCAAAAAUUUAGUGUGCAAAGUGAAAGCGAAAAAAACGUAGUCAUCAUUUUGUCCCAAGUGUUCAAUUUGAUAAUCUCCAACUGUUGAUCUGAAAAUUUAACAGAGAUAUCAUCCCGUGUCCCCCCUAUCAGCAGAUUUCUUUGCCUAAACUUAUUUUAUUUUAAAAUUUGAGUGCUGGAAUUAUGAAAGCAACAGUGAAGUUAACUGCAUGCUCCAAGUCUUGCAUCUUCAUCUUCGACAAUUACUCGUCAACAAGUCGCACUCUAGAGAGUUUAUCCUUUGCGGCUGGUGACCCCUUUUCUUUCUUUGA